CUACCAGUUGGCAAAAAAUGUGAAGAUGACGAAAUCUACCACAUGGAGUAUUGCUACUCUUUCAACGAGAACCCAAUGAACUGGAGCGAUGCUGCCAGAUACUGUCAUGACAAGAGUAGAGUACUGGCUUUGAUUGAAACCGAUGAUGAUCAAACGUUCUAUGCUGGCUAUCUUCAAGGAAUGUUGGCUGCCACACAGGCUCAGACCCAGGGGGUAACUGGUGUAUGGACUUCGGUUCGGUCUGUCCCGAAUGGAACUGAGCCAGCUUGGGUAGUAUUCCCUGGAUCAUAUGUGGUUGAACGAUACUAUUGGCAACCAGGAGAACCGAGUAUCUAUCCGAACUAUGAUGGUAAAUAA